AUGACAAAAUUCUCACUUUUUGCUCUCUUCUGGAUGAUUUUGUCAUGUGCUGUUCUAUUUCUGAAAUACUGGGAUAAAGACUAUUUAGAUAAAUUUAUAAAAAGAAACAAGCGGAACAUUGAUUUAGGCCCUCUAAUGUAUUUUGAUCCUCCAGAUGCUGGAAAUAAAACUGCAGUAGACGAGAUCACUUACGAUAAUGUUUUUAAGUUAUAUGACAUCUACGAUCUUAAAUGUUCACCUUUCUCGUUCGGCUACAACCGAGAAGAAGCUGAAGCUUUAUUCCCGAGCUACGACUUUCCUUCAUGCUUUUCUCAAAUCACACAGCCGAAAUGAAAGAUUGUGGAUCGAGUCUUUUCAAUGAAAUGUCAUAAUUACUCACGUGCUGCAAUAGUUCAAGGCCCAACUGGGAAAGUAAAAUUCCCAUCCUGGAAAAUUCACCAAGGAUUGUGGCAGGCUGAGUCUUUUGAAGAAAAAGAAAAAUUAAAUAAAAACACUGACUUUCUUCUUGCUACUUGCGAUUACUCUAACAAUUUUGAAGUCGCAUGGCAUAGACCAAUUUAUAACCCCGAAUUACACUGAAACGCGCAAUGUUUAAGUCAUCGUGAAAAAUUACCUAAGCCUUUAUUUAUCUUGACUUUAGGUUUAGACAGCUUUUCGAGAAGGCAUUUUUUCCAAAAGCUACCAGAAACAGUCAAAGUUAUAAAUAGCUUUGCAGAGAAAUUUAAGAUUUAUGAUUUUAAGCUGCAUAAUAUUGCUGGGAAAGCUACUGUUGAAAAUAUAACUCCUAUUUUUAUUGAUGAUAAAUACGCAAAAAAGCUAAAAGCUUCCACAAAAAAAGAUAAGAUGGGAGGAAGAGCGAUCUGGGUAGAUUUUAAAAACAGAGGAUUUAUCACAUCAUUACUGACUGAUGAUUGUGAUUAUAGAGUUUAUGACAAUAUUGGUCCACAGCCUAAUAUUGACUAUGUUUCUCGGCAAUUUUUCUGUGCAGCUACCAAAUUUACAAAUUAUAUAACAGAAAAAAAUGAGAAAUUAAAGCAGAGAUGUAUCGGGACUCAGAUGUCCCAUACUUAUAUUUUUCAAUAUUUAAACGAUUUAUUGGAUAUGUACCAAGAUGUUAGUCAUUGGAGCUACGUUCAUUUUAACGCUGCUCAUGAAGCUACAGGGAGGCACGCACAAACUUUAGAUCCAGAUUUAUCUGAAUUUUUACUUACUUUUCUUCCAAAAGUCUCGAAAACACACGAUGUAAUGAUUAAUUUAUUGGGAGACCAUGGGAUGCGGUAUGGGAAUUAUAAAACAUCAGUUAAUGGAGAUCAGGAAAUGAAACUUCCAGUUUUUAUCAUGAUAAUAAGCGAAUAUUUCAUAAAAUCAGUCUUAAGUGAUGAAAUAUUACAAAUAAAUACAGAAAGACUAGUGACAAAACAAGAUAUUAGACAGACCUUUUUAGAGAUUUUAAAUAGAAUUGACUAUACCAGGAGAUCAAAAAAUAAGCAUGCUUAUGAUUUAUUUACAGCUGAAAUCCCGCUUAACAGAAAUUGUGAUGUUAAUGCCCACAUUCCAAUGAGAUAUUGUGCUUGCCUUAGCUAUAGAGAAAUUAAACCUGAAUUCUGGCAUGCUAAAAGCUUUAAAGAGCUGGUUGAUGAUCUAAUUCGAAUUGCUUGUGAUCAAAUAAAUGCUGCUGUCCAUACACCAGAUGUAUCGUCUUUUAUGCUGUGUCAAAAGGUUGAUGUUGGUGAAAUUAUUGGAGUUUUUCACAAUCCAAAUUUUUCAUUUCUAAGCAUGAGGAUUGAAUUCAAAGCAAAAUACUCCCAUGCGAGAUUUCUAGCCGAAUAUCGUAUACACAUAGACAAUAAAGAUCUUUAUGGAGUCCCAAUUAUUUUUAAUUAUCAAAGACUACUUGUGCAAAUUGCAAUGAUUACUAGACAAGAUGCAUACGCAGGCCCCUGUGAAGAAAAAAGUAACAAAUUAGGAGUAAGGCCAGAUUACUGUAUUUGUGAAUAUGACACAAAGGCAUAA